AAUGAUAGAUUGGAAGAGAUCAUCACCAGGAAGGCUCAUCUAAGCUUGAUUGAGAAUGCUGUGGACAGAUCUGACUAUACCUACAAAAGGCUCCCCAGCACUUCUCUGCCGGAGCCUCAGUUUUUCGGCAGGGAGAAGGAAGAAGCAGAUAUACUUGAACUAUUGACUGGUGAAGCCGAAAAUGGCGAUACCACACUGAGCAUAGUCCCCAUAGUUGGAAUGGGCGGUGUUGGAAAGACGGCCUUGGCUCAACGGUUGUAUAAUGAUGCGACAGUGAGUAGCUAUUUCGAGAGGAAAGCAUGGGUUUGUGUUUCGGAUGUUUUUCAUGUUCUCGACAUAACAAAGACUAUUUUGCGGUCGAUCACUGGGUUGUCCAACGAGGGAGAAGAUCUUAAUGAGCUUCAAGUUAAGUUGAAGGACAAUCUAUCGGGGAAGAAGUUUCUUGUGGUGUUAGACGAUGUUUGGAAUGAAAACUAUGAAGAAUGGACUGACCUCUUAAAGCCAUUUGAAGCAGGGGCUAAGGGAAGCAAGAUCCUUGUCACGACUCGCAACCGUACCGUUGUUUCCAUAACAGGAGCUUCGUCAUAUCCUUUGAAGGAGUUGUCCCUUGAUAAUUGUAUAAGCUUAUUAGCCUUUCAUGCUCUUAGAGCAAUGAAUUUUGAGAGGCACCCAGAUCUUGAAACAAUAGGCAAGAAAAUAGCUGAAAAAUGUAAAGGUUCACCUUUGGCAGCAAAGGUAUUGGGCGGUCUCCUACGGGAUAAAGGGAAUCCCGAUCAAUGGGAAGCUAUCUUAAAUAACAAAAUGUGGGAUCUUCCGAUGGGGGAAAAUGAUAAGGUUCUUCGAGUCUUGAAAUUGAGCUAUGUCCAUCUUCCUUCUCAUUUGAAGAGAUGUUUUGCUUAUUGUGCGGUAUUUCCCAAGGAUUGCGAAAUUGAGAGGGAUGAGCUAGUACUCUUAUGGAUAGCGGAGGGAUUUUUAGAUGGACGAAGAGAAAAGGAGAAUAUCUUGAAAUUGGGACAGACUCACUUUGAUGAGUUAGUAUCCAGAUCAUUUCUUCAACAAUCCACUGUUGACACGUCGAAGUUUUCGAUGCAUGAUCUUUUGAAUGAUCUAGCAAAGUCAAUUGCGGGUGGGACAUGCUUUAGCUCUGGGAAGCAUCAGCUAGCAGGUGAUGAGGAUGAUGCAUCUCUGGAGAAAGCUCGUUAUGCAUCAUUCACCUCGUCGUGGUGUGUUACAUCAGAAUGCUUGAGAGCAUAUCACCGAAUGAAGAUACUAAGAAGUUUAAUGUUACUGCAUGAUAGAUCUAGUCCGGAUGACAAAUUCCACAUUUCCAACAAAGUUCUACAUGACUUGCUAACAAAAUUGAAGUACUUGAGGGUGUUUUCGUUAUGUCAUUGUUCCAUAAUAGAGGUAUCGAAUUGUAUUGGUGAUUUAAAACAUCUUCGAUAUCUCAAUUUCUCGUACACUGAUAUUAAAAGGCUACCUGAGUCAAUUGGCGGCUUGUGCAAAUUACAAGCUUUGAUCUUAAGAGGUUGUGAAAAGCUUUCUAUGUUGCCUCUAGGUAUCACAAAAUUGGCAAGCUUACAGUUUCUUGACAUUAGAGACACAGGGAGUCUAAAAGAGAUGCCAUUAUGUAUAAGUAAUUUGAAGAAUCUUACGAUCUUGUCCAAGUUUGUGGUAAGACCAGAGAAAGGAUCACAGUUAAAGGAGUUAAAGAACUGGCCACAUCUUCACGGAGAAUUGUUCAUAUCAGAAUUGCAAAAGGUGGUAGAAGUUAGAGAUGCAAUUGAUGCUAAUAUAAUUGGAAAGCUAUGCCUUAACAACUUAUUCUUGCAUUGGAGUGAAAAUUUUGGAAUUUUGCGGAAUGAAAAGCGUGAAAAAUUGGUGCUUGACUCUUUGCGACCUCAUACUAAUCUUGAAAAUCUCACUAUCUCGUAUUAUGGAGGUGCAACAUUCCCCUCAUGGUUAGAUGGUCCAUAUCUUAAGAUAGUGUCUUUGUGCUUGCGGGGUUGUCCUAAUGUUACAUCACUUCCCUCACUUGGACAACUACCUUUACUUAGAGAAUUCGAAAGUCUACCUGCAGUAAGGAUGAUAGGCUCUGAAGUUUACGGAAGUAAAAAGCCUUUUUCAUCCUUAACAACUUUGCAAUUCGAAGAUAUGUUGUCAUGGAAGGUUUGGUCUCAUUAUGCCGGCGGCCCAGAGGAAGAAGUCCCAUUCUCCAGUCUUCAACGUCUUGUUGUCCGAAGCUGUCCUUCAUUGAUCGGGACAUUACCUUGUCAACUUGGUCGUCUCAUAAAGCUUGAAAUUCAUUCAUGCCCACAUUUGAAUAACUCAACCAAUGUGGUUUGUCUUCCAUCUCUCCGUGAGUUAUACCUUGUGGAUUGUAACAAGGAGAUCUUAAAGAGCUUGGUCAGCCUAACUUCUUUAACCAUUCUCAAAGUCCAAAAUCUUGCGGAGCUUGUUUGCUUUGAUCACGAGCUCAUGAGUUGCUUGAUCAAGCUAAAGAAGCUUCAUAUAGAACGGUGCGACGAGCUAACAUACUUGUGGCAAGAUGGAAAUGAAACACGUAAUCUUACUUGCCUUCAGAGAGUAGCCAUUGAAAGUUGUCCUCGAUUGACAUCUUUUGUGGCAGGAGAAGAAGAGAUAGAGGUACUCUGCAACCUGGAAAUAAUGAGAUUGGUGGAUUGCGCAAGUUUAGAAAGGCUUCCAAGCAAGAUGCAAAAUGCACUCAAAGAUUUGCGAAUUAUUAAUUGUCCAAAAAUCAGUAAAAUAACCAUUCUUUCUGGUGACCCCAACAGCAAUAACUCGAUGUCUCAAUUGAAAUCUUUGUAUCUUUUCCGCUGUAUGAAUCUAGGAAGCCUACCAGAGUGCUUUCACAGGCUCUCCCAUCUCACUAAACUGGAUAUAAGAUUCUGUCCAGCAUUGGAGAUAGAGGUCUUCCCUCCCCUUCCCAUCUCCCUGUCAAAUUUCGAGCUUCUUGACUGCCCGAAGAUAAAAUCCCUACCAAAUCAGUGGCAUCAUCUCACAUCCCUCGAGACGAUAUACAUUAAGGGUUGCCCAAAUAUCAAAUGCUUGCCCGAAGGAGGUUGGCCUCCCAAUUUGCGGGGCCUUACAGUUAGAAGGUGUGAGAAUCUGAAGCAGCCAAUGAGAGAAUGGGGCUUACCCCUCCUCACAUCCCUCAAGGGACUGUACAUUGACGGAAGGAGCAUGGGAAGGGAGGGAGAGAAGGUGUGGUUUCCUUCGGAGGAGGAGGAUGCGUGGAGUCUUCUCUUUCCUUCCUCUCUAACCGCUCUCGACUUGAGUCAUAUGAGGAACGUGGUAAGACUAUCAAGCGGUCUUCGCAACCAUCUCUCCUCUCUCGUCCAAUUAUGGAUUAUAGAUUGCCCGAAGUUGAGGGACUUGCCAGAGGAUGGCCUCCCUCCCUCCCUCCGACAAUUGUACAUAAAGGGAUGUGAGAUUCUGGAAGAUCGAUGCUCUAAACUCACUGGCGACUAUUGGCCCCUCAUCCAAGAGAUCCCUCGCAUCCUCAUUGAUGACGUUCAGAUCCAAUGA